AAUGCUGGAGAGAAUUUGGCAACGGAACCUAACGGUGGAACGAGUGCCAACUGUGCUUCUAUAUUUGAUGUCACGAGCUGGUUAUUCCGAGACAACCCAUGUACAGUUUCUUACUAUCCACUGUGCUCAAGACCUUCAGUAGAUGGUCUCUGCGAGUAUCCUUUUGUUUUGGUUGGCACUCAGUGUGUUCACAUAAUUACGACCGGAUACCGAUGGCACGAGGCUCGUAACCAGUGUGUGCUGGUCGGUGGGGACCUGUUUGUUGUAGACGACUGCGAUCAGUACCACAAGGUUGCCCUCUACCUCUCUGAACAAGGUUACCCAUACUUUUGGAUCGGGGGCUCCGAUGAGGCCGAGGAAGGGCAAUGGCGCUGGGUUGACGGUUCGCCGAUGACCAUGCGACUGCCUUACUGGUCAACUUUGAAUAGUGGACCGCUAGAACCCGACAAUCCUGGCAAGCAGAACUGCCUGGAGCUGAACUGCGCGUGGAUGUACCGCUUCAGCAGCGCGUGGUGCAGUGAUGCAAGACGGGUGAUCUGUGAGGCAGACCCCAUCUAG